UACAGCCCCGGGGUGAUGGGGCUGCACCCCGGGAUGUGGGCCCAGCCGCAGCAGUACCCCAUGGUGGCCAUGCCCCUGCCGCCUCGCCGCGCCGCCACGCCCCCGCAGCUGCAGGCCGAGGACGACACCCCCGAGCCCCCCGCCAAGCGCCAGCGCGUCGGCGCCUCCUUCGACUGGGCGCCGGACUUCGAUACGUCGCUUUUUGAGCAGGAGAAGCACGAGACGAAGGCGCGAGUGGUGGCGCCGCCCCUGCUGACCCCGGCCCCCACCCCCUCCCCCGAGCAGGAGCAGCCAGAGGACCUCUCCGGCGCCCAAGAGAACGACCCACUCGCCGCUUCGCCUCCGCCGGCCUCGUACUCGGAGGCGCCCACCGAGCUAGACGCGGCCCAAUCCACGCCGUACCUGCCGAAGCUGGAGCCUAUUUCGCCUCCCGAACCUUCGGAACACCGACCGGACUCUCCUGAAGGUGGAGGGGAGCCGCCGACACCGGUCCUACAGUACACAGUCGGUCCUCUCACUCCCGACGGCGGCGCCCCAUCCCAUGCUCUUCAGACCCUGCAUCCGCCCCAUCUGCAGCAGCCGCAGCACCAGCCCGACGCCCAGCUUCACCUCCAGCCGCACUCCCACGCAGAGUCGCUGCAGCAGCCGCCGCAGCUCCAGAAUCCGCUCCCCCAGCAGCAUCAUCAGCAGCACGAGUCGCACCCUCCGUCGCGGCUCAUGCCAGAAUCGGUUCACCUGGAACAGCUGGGCACGGUCACCAUCAGCUCAGCGUACCCCGUGAUGCACCAUCCCGCCUCACACGCGGAGGCGCUGCAGGUCAUCCCGAACGAGUCGCAACACCCUAGUCAUCACCACGCCGCGCUGCACCACUCUAGUCCUCAUCAUCACGAGAGUUCCUUCUCCGGGGACCACCAGCGCCUGCAGACCAUCCAGGAGCAGCAGGUCAUUCCCAUCACGUAUAUGGCGGCGCCACAGGACGGGGGCCAAGGCGCUGCCGUCGGCGAGGGCGGCCACCCGUCCUUCCGGCCCUCCUACGCCGGGGAGGGGCUUCCGGCGCCCCCUCGGCGGCGCGUGGUGCGCACGAUGUCCAACUACAAGUACACCCGAGAGAAGAACGCCGAGUGCUACAUCUGCCACAAGAAGUACGAGAGUAAGUACAAGCUGAAGCUACACAUGUACUCGCACACGGGCGAGCGUCCCUUCGUGUGCGAGGUGUGCGGGAUCGGCUUCACCCGCGGCCCCAACCUCAACGCCCAUCGCCGUGUGCACUCGGGGGCCAAGCCGUUUCCGUGCACGCGGUGCGGCCGGGGCUUCCGCCAUCCGUCGGACCGGAUCGUGCACAUGGUGACGGAGGUGUGCACGCGUGUGUCCCGCCACGUGCAGGCCACGGCGUCGGGCGGGUGGAUGUGCGGCGCGUGCGGGGAGGAGAACUUCGAGUCGGAGGAGCAGGCGGAGAGGCACGCCCGCCAGCACGAGACGGGGCGCGCCAUGGCCUGCCCGGUGUGCCUGCAGAACUUCAAGGGCUGCAAAGCGCAUCGCCUGGUGCGCCACGUCCGCGAACACCACCCAGAGUACAUCACUAGUCUGGGCCUGUAGGAGCAGCUUCUGUAGUGUUUUACGUUGUGCUUGUCGUUCGA